CGUAGUUUCGCACAAAUUAUACAAAACCGGGUCCGCCAUUGUUACCAUCGGUUGUGUGGCCCUUAGAAUCAGAAGAGAAUACGUUAAAUCGCCGUUUUAAAAAUUAGAUUUGUGUUUAAAGGUGGUUUUUUAAACGCGACGCGUUCGCACCGGUCGUUAUUCUUACCGAUUUGGAAAAACGGUUUUUCUUCGUGGAACUGGUUCGAUCCGACUCCCCAACGAGUGUGAGUGUGCAAAGUUUAUCUGGCGAAUUUAGAAGAUUAAUUAAUUAAUUACACUUUGAUUUGGUUAUUAAUGAAAGUUGGUGGUGUUUUUAAAAAAAUUAGUGCUGGAUGUUUGAAAGUGAGGUAAUUGUUAAGCGAAUUGUGUGGAUAAACGCUUCUUUUUCGACAUGUCACCUGGUUAAAACGAGAUUUAAGGGGAUUUAAUUCAGGAAAAUCGCUUUUUUUGUUGAUAACUUACGUUUUUGUGAACUUUUACCAUGUCCGGGCCACCUCAUCAUUCCCAUAAUAGGCAACCUCCCCCUGGAAAUCCAGCUUGGAAUCACUUGCAGACUACAUUCCAGGUGCCAAAUUUUUUUCCGCGUCAACCCCAACAUGCCCACAUGUCCAAUGAGCACCAUUUAACUUUGCACCAACCCACUUGGCAUACUCCAACCACUGAGCCAGCAAUGAAAACCAUUGCAGCUUUACCCCAUGUUUUUAACCUGGAUCAGAUGCUUACGGAGCGUUCGUAUCGCGCAGGGGUUGAUUUGACUUUGACAAGAAAUGGGAACCAAAACGGCGAUGUUCCAUCAGGCCCCAUUAGCUUAAGUGUUCGUGACACCAACAAGAUUAAUAGUUUACCUCCUGGGGCUUUGGGUAUCCAAGGGGUUGAAUUAACAAAGAGUUUGAGCCCUGGGUUGAAGUCUUUGAGUCCUGGGUUAAAAAGUAGUAGCCCUGGUUUGAAGAGUAAUAGCCCAGGAGUUAUAAAACCAAUGAGCCCUGCUUUAUCAACAAGCCCUGGGUUACAAGAUAGCCCAAAAACGAAUAAAAAGAAGAGGAUGGAUAGUGUGCUUGAAAAAUUAAACACAACAGUUGAAAAAAAUGAGGUUGAGAAGACCCUCUUUGAAAUAGAGAAAGAAAAAAUUAAUUUGGAAAAGCAACCUAUAGAAAAAUCAAUAGAAAAAUCACUAGAAAAACCUUUGAGUGUGUUAGUUCAAGGACCUAAUGAUGAAAAUAGUAAUUCAAGUAGUACAAUAAACGCGCCAACCCCCACAAAUGAUGACCUAUUAGUGUCUCCAUACAGUAAUGAAGAUAGUUUGGAUAGCAAUAAAUCAAGGAGGAAAAGAAAACCAAGUAAAACAGUUCGUGUAGCCAAAGAACCAUCAGAAAAACCAGAAGAAAAAGAGGAACCAGUAAUCCCCCCCACAGAAGAUGUAAUCGACGGCAAAAUCAACGAAAAAGUCGUCGAAAAUGAACCGGAAGAAGUCCCACCGGCCAAAAAACCACGAAGAAAAACCAGCUCAGAAUCGGAAACGAUCGAAAAAAUCGCCUCCAUGGUCCAAGAAGUCGUUCAAGAUCACCAAAAAGACGAAGAGAAUCAAGAAUCCAAUAAAAACGAAACUAAAAUUGACGAAAAAAUCGAUGAUAAUCAAAUAGAGGAAAAAAACGUUGAAAAUAACCAAGAUGAUUCAAAUAAAGAAAUUGAGCAAUCGAAAGUUGAUGUUCCGGUUAUGGGGGGAGUUGUUACGGCGGCUCAACGAAAAGCUACGAAUUUUGUUGAGGUUGAGAAUAAGUUAGAAGAAAUGUUUGCUGGUAUCGUUGAAGAUCCACCAAAACCAGAAGAAAUUCCAAAACCAACAUCGCCCGAAUCGCCACAAAACGAAAAUUUAGCAACAUCAACAACGUCAAAAAUUGAAACCACAUCAGAAGAGAUUACGUCGACGAAUAACGAUGAAAACGCUUUGUUAUUAAUCGAGGAAAGUGAUGAUUUGUGUAAAACUCCGGUUAAAAAGGGGAAAUUAUCGACGAAGCGACGAACCAACACGACGCCCAAGAAGAAAAAGGGGAGCAAAGCGGCGAAAGUUUCGUCAAAAACGAGCGGCGGACCCAGCGGGAGUAGCAAGAAAGAUAAGAAAUCGAUUAAUGGGAAAAUUGAGGUUAUUAAGGAUGUUUACGCGUAUGAUUCUGGGAGUAAUACGAGUUCGGUGAAAUCCAGGGGACCUUUUGUUCAUAUUGAAG